GGAAGCGGGCUGAGCCGGUCUCUCCGAGCGCCACUUGCGCUUCCGGGGGCCUCGGCUGAGGUCUACUGUGUUCCGGGGAGGCGGCGCGAGAGGGAGAAGAGGUUUGAGCGGCCGGCCCAGGCCGGGCAGACCUCCUUCCCAGAUGUGAGCAGUUUCGCGAACCUCCGUCAGGCGAAGGCUGCCCAGAGAGGAGAGCCGGUGGCUGGGCCGGGAACAUGAGGCAGUGUCUGCUGUUCCUGACCAGCUUGGUUCCUUUCGUGCUGGCGCCGCGACCUCCAGACGAUCCGGGCUUCGAUUCCCACCAGCGAGUCGAGAAGCUUGAUUCUUUGCUCUCAGACUACGAUAUCCUCUCCUUAUCCAAUAUCCAGCAGCACUCGGUAAGAAAAAGAGAUCUACAAGCCUCGACACAUGUAGAGACACUGCUAACUUUUUCAGCAUUAAAAAGGCAUUUUAAACUAUACCUGACAUCAAGUACUGAACGCUUUUCACAAAAUUUCAAAGUCGUGGUAGUAGAUGGUAAAGAUGAAAGCGAGUAUGCUGUCAAAUGGCAGGAUUUCUUCAGUGGACACGUGGUUGGUGAGCCUGACUCUAGGGUUCUAGCCCACAUAGGAGAUGAUGAUGUUACCAUACGAAUCAACACAGAUGGCACAGAAUAUAACAUGGAGCCGCUUUGGAGAUUUAUUAAUGAUACUCAAGACAAGAGGAUGUUAGUUUAUAAAUCAGAAGAUAUCAAGAACAUUUCACGUUUGCAGUCUCCAAAAGUAUGUGGUUAUUUAAAAAUGGAUAAGGAAGAAUUACUUCCAAAAGAGCUAGUAGACAGAGAGCCACCUGAAGAGCUUGUUCAUCGGGUGAAGAGAAGAGCUGAUCCAAAUCCCCUGAAGAACACGUGUAAAUUAUUGGUGGUAGCAGAUCAUCGCUUUUACAAAUACAUGGGAAGAGGGGAAGAGAGUACAACUACAAAUUAUUUAAUAGAAUUAAUUGACAGAGUUGAUGACAUCUAUCGGAACACUUCAUGGGACAAUGCAGGUUUUAAAGGCUAUGGAAUACAGAUAGAACAGAUUCGCAUUCUCAAGUCUCCACAAGAGGUAAAACCUGGUGAAAGGCACUAUAAUAUGGCAAAAAGUUACCCAAAUGAAGAAAAGGAUGCUUGGGAUGUGAAGAUGUUGCUAGAGCAAUUUAGCUUUGAUAUAGCUGAGGAAGCAUCUAAAGUCUGCCUGGCACAUCUUUUCACAUAUCAAGAUUUUGAUAUGGGAACUCUUGGAUUAGCUUAUGUUGGUUCUCCCAGAGCAAACAGUCAUGGAGGUGUUUGUCCAAAGGCUUAUUAUAGUCCAGUUGGGAAGAAAAACAUCUAUUUGAAUAGUGGUUUAACCAGCACAAAGAAUUAUGGUAAAACCAUCCUUACAAAGGAAGCUGACUUAGUUACAACUCAUGAAUUGGGACACAAUUUUGGAGCAGAACAUGAUCCAGAUGGGCUGGCAGAAUGUGCCCCGAAUGAGGACCAAGGAGGAAAAUAUGUCAUGUAUCCCAUAGCUGUGAGUGGCGAUCACGAGAACAAUAAGAUGUUUUCAAACUGCAGUAAACAGUCAAUCUAUAAGACCAUUGAAAGUAAGGCCCAGGAGUGUUUUCAAGAACGCAGCAACAAAGUGUGUGGGAACUCCAGGGUAGACGAAGGAGAAGAGUGUGAUCCUGGCAUCAUGUACCUGAACAACGACACCUGCUGCAACAGCGACUGCACAUUGAAGCAAGGUGUCCAGUGCAGUGAUAGGAACAGUCCAUGCUGUAAAAACUGUCAGUUUGAGACUGCCCAGAAGAAGUGCCAGGAGGCUAUUAAUGCUACUUGCAAAGGCGUAUCUUACUGCACAGGUAACAGCAGUGAGUGCCCCCCUCCGGGAAAUGCUGAAGAUGACACGGUUUGCUUGGAUCUCGGCAAGUGUAAGGAUGGGAAGUGCAUCCCCUUCUGCGAGAGGGAGCAGCAGCUGGAGUCCUGUGCUUGUGACAAAACUGACAACUCCUGCAAGGUGUGCUGCAGGGACCUUUCUGGCCGAUGUGUGCCCUACGUCAAUGCCGAACAAAAGAACUUAUUUUUGAGGAAAGGAAAACCCUGUACAGUAGGAUUUUGUGACACGACUGGUAAAUGUGAGAAACAAGUACAGGAUGUAAUUGAACGAUUUUGGGAUUUCAUUGACCAGCUUAGCAUCAAUACUUUUGGGAAGUUUUUAGCAGACAACAUCGUAGGGUCCGUCCUGGUUUUCUCCUUGAUAUUUUGGAUUCCUUUCAGCAUUCUUGUCCAUUGUGUGGAUAAGAAGUUGGAUAAGCAAUUUGAAUCUCUCUCUCUGUUUCACCCCAGUAAUGUUGAAAUGCUGAGCAGCAUGGAUUCAGCGUCCGUCCGCAUCAUCAAACCAUUCCCUGCACCCCAGACUCCAGGCCGCCUUCAGCCUGCCCCUGUGAUCCCUUUAGUGCCUACAGCUCCAAAGCUGGACCACCAGAGAAUGGACACUAUCCAGGAAGACCCCAGCACAGACUCGCAUAUGGACGAGGACGGCUUUGAGAAGGACCCCUUCCCAAAUAGCACCACAGCCGCCAAGUCCUUUGAGGAUCUCACGGACCAUCCGGUUACUAGAAGUGAAAAGGCUGCUUCCUUUAAACUGCAGCGUCAGAAUCGAGUUGACAGCAAAGAAACAGAGUGCUAGUUUAGGGAUCAUAUUCUAAGCUCUUUUGACUUACUAUGCAGAAUAUUUUUAUAGAUUUGACCUAAAAAUCACAGCAUAUAUUUUGUGAAGAUCUGGGAGAAGGAAGUGACUUCACAGAUGCUGGUAAUGUGUUUGACUUUCUGCAUGUAAACAAUACUUGUGUGGGUGGGCCCUUUUCCCUUUGAAAAGGCAGGCGAAUCUAGCUUAUUUUGAGGCGUUCAGGUUUUAGUGUUUUUGAACUUUAAAAUAUCCUUCAACCUGUGGUACAAGAGCAAAAAAUACAGCUGGAUUGGGUUAUGAAUAUUUACAUUUUUGUAAAUUUAGCCUUUUAUAUUGACAACACCACUGCUAGAGAGAUGACUAGUUUUUCUAACUUUUUUUGAGUCAGAGUCUCUGUUACCCAGGCCUGGAGUUCAGUGGCAUGAUCACA